AUGGAGAGCACCUUGCAGAGACUGGACUCAAUGUUCCAAGACUUCUGGGCUCGUCUUGUUGUCAUGGCGACAACACUGCAGCCUACAGACCAAGCCCAAGCCAAAACUUACUGUCUAGCAAACUACCUAAGAGACAUGGGCCUCAGCAUCAUCCUGCCUCAACCCCAGUAUAGGACGGACUUGCAGCCCGUGCAGAGCGCCAAAAUCCUCAGUUCCAGAUCGGCACUGGCAGCAUCUAU